AUGAAGGCAUCACUUUUAGUGUUAUUUUAUUGUGUACAUUCCAGGAUUGUCGUGAUGGGCGCUGCCGCGGUGGGGAAGAGCGCCAUCAUCUCUCAGUUCCUGUACGACCGCUUCAUCGACGAGUACAAGGAGACGAUGGAGGAGCUGCACCGGGGGGAGUACGACAUCAACGGCAGACACCUCACCCUCGACAUCUUCGACACGUCCGGGGCCCACGCCUUUCCCGCCAUGAGGAAACUGGCGAUCGCCACGAGCGACGCUUUCGUUCUUGUGUACUCCGUGUCCAACGACUCUUCGUUCGACGCCGUCAAGGAGCUGCGCGACCAGGUCAUCGCCGAGCGCAACGACGAGGACGUGCCCAUCGUCAUCGUCGGCAACAAGACGGACGUCAAGGAGCAGAACCGAUCGAUCUGCAAGGAGACCGCCGAGAUGCUCGUGAACGUCGAGUGGGGGAACGGUUACGUCGAGGCGUCGGCGAAAGAUAACUGGAACAUCGUCGGCAUCUUCAAAGAGAUUCUCAGCCAAACAAACAUCCAGUACAAUCUGAGCCCGGCUGUUAAGCGCAGAUGA